AUGGCUAUCCACCCAUCCCAUCUAAGCCUGAAGCAGGCGAUAGACAACUUCGAACGCGCCGUCGGCGAAAAGGAUCUUGACAGCUUUAGGCGGACGACUUUCAAUGAAUUACAACAGACCAUCGGCGAUCUUCAACGGGUUCAGUAUGCUGAACGUAGGCUGCAAGCCCCAAGUCGUCUAAAGCCAUUCCUCACAGCAAUCGAGCCAUACGGGAGGGUCAUGGAGGGUAUCACAUCGAACGAGGAUCUGGAAACACUUCUACCGUACAUCUGGGGACCCACGAAGUUUCUGCUGAAGGAAACAUGCAAGCAUGCCGAAGCCUUCGACAAAAUACUUACCGCGUACAACGACGUAGGUCAGAGUCUGCCAUUGCUCGAAGAGCAGGCAGUGUCAGUGCAUAAUCAAACUCGCAUCGUUGAGGUCUUGUUUCAAAUUUACAAGGACUUGCUUGACUUUCAUCACAUUGUUCUGAACUUUUUCAGGCCACAACAAUGGGUUCAGCAAUUCGACCAAACUUGGAAGGUGCCAGAGUCUCGAAUCUCUGGGGUCGUCAGCCGUAUAGCUCAAUCCCGAAGCUUGAUCGAGAAGGACGCCAGCCCGACUGAAGUCGAAGCAAUCCAGAGAAACGCUGCUGAGGAGCGGCAGAUGCUGGAUAACCAGAUCGAGCAGGAAGACUUAGUUCGGCUGAAGACCGUGUACAGCUGGCUCAAUGCGCCCGAUGUGGAAACAGAACAUCACGAUCUGCUAGAGCUCCAGAAGGAGUACCCGCAUACCGGACGCUGGCUUUUUGAAAACAAGGCAUUCAAUGACUGGUUUGAUCCGCAUUUUGCUUCGAUACCUCCAUUGCUUUGGCUAACUGGCAUUCCGGGCGCAGGCAAAACUGUCCUUGCGUCCCUCGUGGUCGAGAAAGCACGGCAAACAGAUACUCUGCCUACCGUCCUGUACUUUUACUGCAAGGAAGGCAACGAGGAGCGAAACAACUUUGUCGCUAUUGCUCGUACCCUACUCAAGCAGCUUCUCCAGCAAAAUCAGCCCUUGCUCACCACGUUGUAUCCAAGGUGUUGUCGUAGUGGAGAGCCGACACUUACAUCGUCCGCCCUCGCGCACCAACUACUACGGAUAGCUCUCGACGAGUGUAAGAAAGCGUACAUUAUUCUGGAUGGAUUGGACGAAUGCCCUCGAGAUCAGCGGAAGAUUAUCGCCACUUGGUUCAGGGGGCUUGUGGACGAGCUACCAAUACUGGAGCCAGACAGAAUACGCUGCUUGUUCAUCAGUCAAGAUGAUGGUGCUGCGAGGAAAGAUUUUAGUGGUUUGACGAGCAUAAAAAUCAGUAAACUUGAUAACAAAGUAGACAUCGAGGCGUACAACAGGAUCGAGGUUGGAAAACUACGAGAAACAUUCCGAUUCUCCGAGCAACGGGCAGACGAUAUUGUUGCUCGCGUCACCAAAUCCGCAAACGGAGUCUUUUUACUGGCAAAACUGAUCUGGGCCAACUUGUCUGCUCAGACUUCGUUGUCGAGGCUGGAAGAGGAGCUAGAGCCGUCAGUAUUUCCCAGCGAAGUUGAUGAUGCAUAUCAGCGAAUCAUGACAAGAAUCUCGCGAGACUUCCCUAAGCAAUUCAUGAGCGAUGUCUUGAGGUUGUUGGGUUGGCUGGUAUGCGCCAAGAGAGCACUUAAAUGGCACGAGAUUCAAGGAAUGGAAUCCAUCGAUCUGCAGAGGCGAGUGAUCGCGUACGAUGAGCGGAGGUUUUCCAAACCCCCAAAGGACCUCUGUGGAUCACUGGUGGAAGUGAGGGAGGAUGGGACAGUUGAGCUGGUCCAUUUGAGCGCAAAACUAUUCUUGAUCAAGAAAGAAUCGGGCUGGAUCAAUUCGGGCACCGAGGAAAUCAAGUUGGCAUGUCUCUGCAUCGACUACUUGAACCUGCCUGCGGUCGUACAGGAGCCGAACGAAAAUCGAGUCUUCGGUGGGGUGUAUGCAUUCAUGAACUAUGCCGUAAUGUACUGGCUUCGUCAUAUUGAAAAGGCAGCAAGCAUAUUGCAAGGGACAGACAGCUCGGAACAAAGCUCACAACAGCUAUGGAUAGGACAGCUUCAGGAAUCGAUGGGACUUUUCAUUGAGCAGCAUUGGACAUCCCCGAGCUCACAGUUGGAUUUGGCACCACGCCACAGCAACAACCUGAAAUGGUUCCGACUUCUGCCAGCAUAUCACAACAUUGAACAAGCUGUGGCUUCGACGAGACAGCUGCUAAAAGGCUCGAUCAAACCAGAACAGGUGGCGCUGGACCUUGCUGAAGUGGACAGGACAGUGCGGCAAGUCCUUGAGGAGACGUGGUUGAGCACCACGAACGCUGGUACACAGCAACAACUCACGGAGAGGUAUGGGACUAGACUGUUUAAAUGUCCCAAAUUUAGCUGUCAGUAUUUCUGGAUUGGAUUCAAAACCGCGCAGAAGCGGAACAAGCAUAUCGACAAGCACGACAGACCAUUCCGCUGUGCGGACGAGACCUGUACCGGCUUCCUCAUAGGUUUCAUCUCGAAAGCACAAAGAGAACGGCACGACAAAGCUGUUCAUACCUCGAUACACACUGCGGAGGAGAGGGCGGCAGAGGAAGCGUUUCCGACAGACCUCGAGAUACACCGCAGCAUGAACAGCGACGCCUCAGCAACGAGCGAAGAUUCUGAGCCGGACUCGGAUGAUGCACGAUUGCAGAGCGUGCACAGCGACCAAGAAGGCGACGGCGAAGAAACAGCUUCGCCAGAAUCGGAACCUCAACUUUCCGGUCGACCAGCAAAACGGGCACGUUUACGAGAAUUCGUGUGCGAAAUUUGCGAUUUGAAGUUCGAUAAGCGGUCCAAUCGGUCUUCCCACAUGAAGGUGCACGGGCCCCCAACGAUUCAGUGCAGCCAGUGCGAUCGGAAAUUUUAUCGACAGAACGAACUCAAGCGUCACCUGAAUACCACGCACAGCGACGAGAGACCCUUUGUGUGCCGGGGCCAGUUGAGGGAUGGUAGGCCCUGGGGAUGUGGCCGAUCUUUCAAACGAGCGGACACACUGAGCACUCAUUAUAAAUCAGCCCUUGGGCUUGAGUGCAUUCGAGUGUGGAAGCAGGACCAGGAGCAGGACCAGGAUGACCCACAAAUUUCUGCAGACGAAGCAUGA